CAGCAGCGGCAUGGCAGCGCGGCAGGCGUGAGCGCCGGCCUCGGCACCCGGCACCCGGCCCGCAGGCUGCAGAGGCCAACAUGGAUUUUCUCAUCAUCUGCCCCUUUCUGCUGGCAUUGCUGCUGUCCCAGGGCAGCUUCACAGACCUGGAGAAACAGAGAGUAGACUCUGGCUUGGAAAUCUAUAAGAAACUGUUUGAGGUGAAGCGCAAGGACCAGAUGAAUGCUCUGAAGAACUUGAUCGAGCUCAAUGACGUCAAUCAGCAGUACAAAAUCAUUGACAUCAUGCUCAAGGGACUCUUCAAAGUGCUGGAGGACUCCCGUGCUGUGCUCAUUGCUGCUGAUGUGCCUCCUGAUGGGCCCUUCCCUCAGGAUGAGAAGAUAAAGGAUGCAUAUUCCCACGUGGUGGAGAACACUGCUUUCUUUGGGGACGUUGUCCUGCGCUUCCCCAAGAUUGUGCACCACUAUUUCGACCGCAACUCCAACUGGAACAGCCUCAUCCGCUGGGGCAUUGGCUUCUGCAACUUGACGGGCGUGUUCGAGCAGGGACCCCACUCCCAGGUCCUGCGGCUGAUGGCUCAGGAGCUAGGAAUCAGUGAGAAAUCUCCCGAUUACCGCAAUCCCUUUAAAACGGACCAGUCAGAGUUUUUCCCCAGUGCUGACACCUUUCAGAAGGCGCUGCGGGAUGAGGAGAAGAGGAGGAAGAAGGAAGAGAAGCGGAAGGAGAUCCGCAAGGGCCCACGCAUCUCCCGCUCACAGUCGGAGCUGUAGCAUGCUGGGACUUGGUGCCUUGCAGUGGGGGUGACACCACUGGGAU